AUGGAUCUUCAGAGCCUAUUCGAUGUCAAGGGCAAGGUGGUGCUGGUCACUGGAGGAGCCAAAGGAAUCGGUCGGAUGAUUUCUGAGGGAUAUGUGACAAAUGGAGCUACCGUCUACAUCUCGUCUCGGGAUGCGAAGGCUUGCGAGAAAGUUGUCCAAGAGCUGAACGCGCUCGGCAAGGGCAAGGCGCACGCUAUCCCGGCCGACUUUUACAAGGAAGAGGACAUCAAGAAGCUUGCUGAGGAGCUUGCUAAGCGCGAAAGCAAGCUGCACGUCCUCGUUAACAAUUCAGGAUCAAACUGGGGCGCUCCCUACGAUGAAUACCCAUCCUCUGCCUGGACUAGAGUCCUUACCCUGAAUCUCCACCGUGUUUUCGACCUCACAAAGCUCGUCACACCCCUGCUCGAGAAGGCCGCGGAAACCAACAACCCAGCCCGCAUCAUUAACAUCGGCAGUAUCGAUGGACUGAGGGUCCCCGCGCUGGAGACAUUUGCAUACAGUGCCAGCAAGGCCGGUUUGCAUCAUAUGAGCCGGGUCCUUGCCAACCACCUUGGAAAGAGGAAUAUUACAUCGAACACGCUCGCCUGCGGGCCGUUCGAGAGCAAGAUGAUGGCGGCGACGCUGGAAUCAUUUCGGGACCAGAUCGAGUCCGGCGUGCCCCUUGGCCGUAUCGGCACCCCUCAGGAUGUUGCCGGUGCUUGCCUGUUUUUGAGUAGCCGAGCAGGCGCUUAUGUGAACGGCGCGACCAUCGCAGUCGAUGGAGGCAGUGUUGUUGCUGCUAAGCUAUAG